AUGAAUAUGUUCAGAGCCUCUAAUCUUUUCAAACCUUUUGGUUGUCGCACUGCUGGCACAAGUGCUCGUUUCGAUACGCAGCAAUUUGUAAGAGUGCUACAAUCUAAGGGAGGCUUCACUAGUGCACAAGCUGAAGCAACAGUGGAUAUCGUUAACCGUGCUUUAAACAGUGGCAUAUCACUUACAGCACGCAAUUUGGUCACUAAGGAAGCUCUUCUGCUGACUUCGUAUCAACAAAAAGUGGAUUUUGCAAAGCUUAAAGGUGAAUUGAGUACUAUGGACAAAUCGGAAAUCACAGCUCUUACAAAGGAACAGGAGAAACUUCGUACAGAUUUAACGAAUUUAAAAAACAAAUUGAAAGAGGAAAUGACCCGUUCUCAAGCUGGGGUAAGGCUUGACUUAAAUUUGGAAAAGGGACGUAUUCGUGAAGAAGGCUCACUUCAUGAACUGAAGAUCGAAGAUACCUACACUAGAAUUGAUGAGGAAAUAGCAAAUAUGCAGAUGCAAAUCAAAUCUGUUAAAACGCAAGUUAUGCAAUGGUUAAUUGGUGUUUCAUCAGGUACAUUUGCUUUGAUGCUUGCAUUCCUUAGAUUCUUUGGCUGA